AUGCAGAAGAGCGUGCGCUACAACGAGGGGCACGCCUUGUACCUGGCCGUGCUGGCGCGCAAGGAGGGCACGAGGCGCGGGUACCUGAGCAAGAAGACGGCCGAGACGAGCCGCUGGCAUGACAAGUGGUUCGCGCUCUACCAGAACAUGCUCUUCUACUUCGAGAGCGAGCAGAGCGCCCGGCCCGCGGGCAUGUACAUGCUGGAGGGCUGCAGCUGCGAGCGGGCGCCGGCCCCGAAGAGCGCCUCCGCCGCCAGCGCCAAGGACGCGGCGCUGGACAAGCAGUACUAUUUUACUGUCCUCUUUGGCCAUGAAGGACAGAAGCCGCUUGAACUUCGUUGUGAGGAAGAAGCAGAUGGACAGGAAUGGGUAGAUGCUAUUCACCAAGCCAGCUACUCAGACAUCCUGAUUGAGAGGGAAGUUUUAAUGCAAAAAUAUAUUCAUCUAGUUCAAAUUGUAGAAACUGAAAAGAUUUCAGCUAAUCAGCUACGACAUCAACUUGAGGAUCAAGACACAGAAAUUGAAAGGCUGAAAUCAGAGAUCGUAGCUCUUAAUAAAACUAAAGAACGAAUGCGACCAUAUCAAGGCAAUCAAGAAGAAGAAGAUCUGGAUAUUAAAAAGAUCAAAAAGGUCCAGAGUUUUAUGCGUGGUUGGCUGUGUAGAAGAAAAUGGAAGACAAUCGUGCAAGAUUAUAUUUGCUCUCCACAUGCAGAAAGUAUGCGAAAGAGAAAUCAGAUAGUUUUCAAUAUGGUUGAAGCCGAAUCUGAAUAUGUACAUCAACUUUACAUCCUUGUGAAUUGCUUUCUACGGCCACUAAGAAUGGCUGCAAGUUCAAAGAAGCCACCAAUUAGUCAUGAUGAUGUCAGUAGCAUAUUCCUCAACAGUGAAACUAUAAUGUUUCUUCAUGAAAUAUUUCAUCAAGGAUUAAAAGCGAGAAUAGCAAACUGGCCUACUUUAAUUUUAGCGGAUUUAUUUGAUAUUCUGCUGCCUAUGCUGAAUAUUUAUCAAGAAUUUGUUCGGAAUCACCAGUAUAGUCUCCAAGUGCUUGCAAACUGCAAGCAGAACAGAGAUUUUGACAAACUCUUGAAGCAAUAUGAAGCCAAUCCUGCAUGUGAGGGCAGAAUGCUUGAGACAUUCCUUACCUACCCCAUGUUUCAGAUUCCUAGAUAUAUCAUAACUCUUCAUGAACUUUUGGCUCACACACCACAUGAACAUGUGGAAAGAAAGAGCCUAGAAUUUGCUAAAUCUAAACUAGAAGAACUUUCAAGAGUGAUGCAUGAUGAAGUGAGUGACACAGAGAACAUACGAAAAAACCUUGCAAUAGAAAGAAUGAUAGUAGAAGGCUGUGACAUAUUAUUGGACACCAGCCAAACGUUUAUUCGGCAAGGUACUCUGAUUCAAGUCCCUUCAGUUGAAAGGGGAAAACUUAGUAAAGUUCGUCUGGGAUCAUUGUCUCUGAAAAAGGAAGGAGAAAGACAAUGUUUUUUAUUUACAAAGCACUUUUUAAUUUGUACAAGGAGCUCUGGAGGAAAGCUGCAUUUACUUAAGGCAGGUGGUGUCCUCUCUUUAAUAGAAUGCACACUAAUUGAAGAAACUGAUAUGAAUGAUGAUGACUCAAAAGGUUCUGGGCAAGUAUUUGGACAUCUUGACUUCAAGAUUGUUGUAGAACCAGCAGAUGCACCUCCUUUUACUGUUGUCCUGUUAGCUCCUUCACGACAAGAAAAAGCAGCAUGGACAAGCGACAUUAGUCAGUGUGUUGACAACAUACGGUGCAAUGGUUUAAUGACCAUAGUAUUUGAAGAAAACUCCAAAGUCACUGUGCCACAUAUGAUCAAAUCUGAUGUUCGUCUUCACAAAGAUGACAUUGACAUCUGCUUCAGCAAAACACUAAAUUCCUGCAAAGUGCCCCAGAUUCGUUAUGCAAGCGUAGAACGUCUUUUGGAGAGAUUAACAGACUUGCGAUUUCUCAGUAUUGAUUUCCUUAAUACUUUCCUGCACACUUAUCGCAUAUUUACUACUGCAGCAGUUGUACUGGAGAAACUGUCAGAUAUAUACAAGCGGCCUUUCACCUCAAUUCCUGUUAGGUCUUUGGAAUUGUUUUUUGCUACUAAUCAAAACAAUAGAGGAGAACAUCUGGCUGAUGCAAAAUCACCACAUCUAAGCCGCAAAUUCUCUUCCCCUCCACCCCUGUCACUCUCUAGGACUUCUUCACCUGUCAGAACCAGAAAACUAUCAUUAAGCUCUCCUCUAAAUUCAAGAAUAGGUGCUUUAGAUCUAUCUACUUCCUCUCUUGCUAGCAGUCCUACCUCAACAUACAGCCCUGCCACAUCACCACCCCCCACGUCAUCUAAAGUACCACUGGACCUUAGCAAAGGCCCUUCAUCUCCAGAACAAAGCCCUGGCUUUGCAGAUGAGAGCUCUGAGAACCCACGCAUCGAGCUUUGCAACAAACUCAGAAGAAGCAUUCGAAGAGCAGCCGUCCUUGAAUCUGUAUCAGUGGACCGAACUAUUCCAGAAAGUGCCUCAGCUGUGGAUACUCCUGAGCUUUCCCCAUGUAGAUCACCUUCUACUCCACGACAUCUGCGUUUUCGACAGUCUGGGGUACAGACAACUGACAAUUGCCAUUGUUCAGUUUCCCCGGCUUCUGCUUUUGCUAUUGCUACAGCUGCUGCUGGGCACGGGAGUCCCCCAGGAUUUAAUAACUCUGAACGAACAUGCGAUAAGGAGUUCAUAAUACGUCGAGCAGCCACUAAUCGUGUCUUGAAUGUUCUUCGCCACUGGGUCUCAAAACAUUCUCAGGAUUUUGAGCUAAACAAUGAGCUGAAGAUGAAUGUUCUAAAUCUGUUAGAAGAAGUUUUGCGAGACCCUGACCUUUUGCCACAAGAAAGAAAAGCUACAGCAAACAUCUUGAGGGCACUGUCUCAGGAGGAUCAAGAUGACACUCACUUAAAAAUAGAGGACAUAAUGCAGAUGUUAGAAUGUCCAAAACCAGAGUGCUUUGAAACUUUAUCAGCCAUGGAGCUUGCUGAACAAAUAACUCUCUUAGAUCACAUUGUUUUCAGAAGCAUACCCUAUGAAGAAUUCCUUGGGCAAGGCUGGAUGAAAGUGGAUAAAAAUGAAAGGACACCCUAUAUUAUGAAAACGAGCCAACACUUUAAUGAUAUGAGCAAUCUUGUUGCUUCCCAAAUUAUGAAUUAUGCUGAUAUUGGCUCACGUGCAAAUGCAAUUGAGAAAUGGGUAGCGGUGGCAGACAUCUGCCGAUGUCUGCACAACUACAAUGGUGUUCUUGAAAUCACAUCAGCCUUGAACAGAAGUGCGAUCUACAGACUGAAGAAAACAUGGGCUAAGGUUUCUAAACAGACUAAAGCUCUUAUGGAUAAACUUCAGAAGACUGUAUCAUCUGAGGGAAGAUUUAAAAAUCUCAGAGAAACGCUCAAAAAUUGUAAUCCUCCUUCUGUGCCAUAUCUUGGGAUGUACUUGACAGACCUGGCAUUUAUCGAAGAAGGAACACCAAACUUUACUGAAGAAGGCCUCGUCAACUUUUCCAAAAUGCGCAUGAUAUCCCACAUUAUCAGGGAGAUACGUCAGUUCCAACAAACUUCCUAUCGCAUAGAACAUCAACAAAAGGUCACUCAGUACUUACUUGACAAGAGCCUCAUCAUAGAUGAAGAUACAUUGUAUGAACUAUCCCUAAAAAUUGAGCCCCGAUUGCCUGCCUGAGAAGUCAGUCUUGCCCUUCAAUCUCCAGACAUCUUUAGUGUAAUGGAAAAAUUAUGCAUGGCAUGCCCCUACUGAAUGCAAGGGGGGGAAUGCAGAGAAUUCAAGUUCCCUUUCCAAUUAAGGGACACGCAGCCCUUCCUUUUCAGAAAUGGAAAACCAGCUGUUGGAGGUGAAAGGCAAAAUACCAGAGACACAGGUUCAAUAGUUAUUGCUUUGCAGAGAUAACAUUUAAUGGGAAAUAGACUGAGAGCUAAUGAAGAGAUGGCUGUAAUAAGCCUACUGAAACUGGCAAUAAGGGGCAAAAGGAAGUUUAACUACCAUAGUCCACUAGACUGCAAUACAUGAGGAAAUGCCAAUGAAAAGAGGGAAGCUUUGUCUGUCCUUGCAUGGAUACAACACAAUGAGCAUGCAAGCAUCUAUGUAUUUUGAUCCUAUUUGCAUUGCAUUGUGUCCAUUAUAAACAAUAGGCUUUUAAGAAAAAUAUUUUAAUCUGUAGUAGUGACAACAGUAGAAUAUUUAACAACAUGGAGUGAACUGCAUUUGUCAUCUAAAACCAUUCAUUUUAAUUGAUUAUAAAUUAUAUAUCUCCUUUUUCUAAAAUUGUCAGAAAGCUGGUGACAUAGAUAUGAUGUAUUUAAGACUACCUUAAUAUUGUAAAUAUGCUUUUCCUUUUCUAUAAGUAUGGUGAAGUGACCAAGCAUGCAGAUAAAUAAUCUGCCUUGCAUGGUUGUCAGACAGACAAUCUUAGGUGGGACUUAAAAGAUGCAAUCCGAUGCAUAUUUAGAAUGAAAAAAGGCCUUCAGCUUCCAGCUUUUCCCAGCCAACAUAGCUAAUUGGAGUAUGCUGCAAGUUGUGAACUUUUUUUUUGUCCAAACUUUAUAGGAUUGUGCCCUAAGUAUGAUACUUGAUUAUUGUGGCAAAAGAUGAAUAACAUUUCUACAUAGGGCACUUAUCAUUUUGAUAUUUUACACUUUGCUUUGGCAAAACUUGAGCUAUCUCUAUAAUAUUUGUUAAAAUAUAUGCCUCAAUAGAAAGUGGCAUAUGUACCGUGUACAGCAUAUUAGUUGAUCCUCUAUUAACUUUGGAAGACAGUUCCAUUCAAAUAUGCCAGUGUGCACACUGAGCGUCCCCCUCCACUGAAGGCAGUGUGAGCAUCACAACCCUGUGACUGCCCAUACAGAAUAAGUCAGAGUAAUUGUAUGAAUUUGUCAUCUGUGAGUUCAAAUUCUUGUUAGAUUCUCAGGCUCUUUUGAACUGGUUCUGAACAUUUAAAGUUGUCAAUCUGUCAGACAAAUCAUGCUCAUGCACAGCUAAUACCUAUCAAGACCACUGCACCUUGUACUGUGAUGUGUGUUCAAGCACCAUUGAGCCUUAUUUAACAGUACACUAACCUAAGAACAGAAGGGCAGCCUGGUGGCAUCAGACCAAGGUCCAUCUAGUCCAGCAUUCUGUUCACACAGCUGUCCUUGGGAAACCCACAAAGAGAAUGUGAAUACAACAGCAGCCUCCUGCCCAAUUCCUGGGCAAUUGGUCACAUAAACAUACUGCCUCUGAUAAUGGAGGCAGCAUCCAGCCAUCAGAACUAAUAGUGAUCGAUGUUAACUAUAUGCGGAAAGAAGAAAUACUUCCUUUUACCAGUCCUGAAUCUCACCAGUUAGCUUCAUGAGGCAAUUCCUGGUUCUAGUAUUAUGAGAAAGGAGAAAACGUAUCCCUUCCCAUUUUCUCCACAGCAUGAAUUAUUUUGCAUACCUAUAUCAUGUCUGUGACCAGUUCACAUAACUGGAUUUAACUUUAACUGAAUUACCUGAAUCAGCCUGAGGUCUCUAAUCCUGUAAUCUUUAGGCAUGCAGUUGUCCUUACAUGGAUAUGCACUGAAACUCCCUAAUUUUUAUUUUAAAUAUUUGAAAGAGGUGCAUUUUGUCAUCACGGAAGACUUUGAAAAUCCCUGCUUACAUGGAAUUCCAUGCACACAUGAUUUUGUAGGAAUUGCUAUUUAAUUUGUACUUAAAUUAUGGAUGUAAAGAAGACUAGAAAUAUUUAUUGAAAAUGAGGAUAAAAUAAUUUGUCAACUUGCUGGAGAAGUGCAAACAUAUUAUUAGCCUUUUUAUUUUUAACAAAAUCUGCAAUGGCAGCAGAAUUCUUCCUCACACCUACUCCCACUCACAUACUGGCUUUCUAAGUGACAAAAAUAUGGGACACAAUCCUCAGUGAAGAUAAGCAGCUU